CGGACUACCUUUCACUGACGGACCACCAAGCUGUCAAAAAAUCGAAACUUUUCCAUUUUAGCUAGAUGGAAAGAUCUGUAUAUUUUUUGUAAUCUUAUUUCAAUUUCAUGCUUACUUAACUUGAAAUUAAACGUAUGUAGUGUACACCAUAUAUACGUAUCUAGCUAAUUUUAGAAUUAUUUCUGCGUUAGUUCAGAAUUCGUAGGUGAAGAUGGAGAAAUUCGAAAGGUACAUUUUCACUGCUCUCUGCAGCACCAACUUUUUGGUUUCAUGUCUCCUGUUCUCCAAAAUAACUCGGGAGCAAAGGGAGCCCUACAUGGACGAAAUAUUUCACGUCCGUCAAGCUCAGAAAUACUGCUACGGGAAGUUUAACGAGUGGGACCCAAUGAUCACCACGCUUCCUGGCCUGUACCUGGCGUCAGUGGGUGUGAUCAAGCCAGUGGUGUGGCUAGUGGAUCUCACAGGGAAGGUAGUGUGUUCUACGGCGAUGCUGCGCUUCAUCAACCUCCUCUUCAACUGUGGUAUCCUCUACCUGCUGUAUCGCAUCAUCUGCAAGCUCCACCUUAAAGAGAAGACUAAGACUGCCUCCCGCAGAGUUCUCUCAGCCCUGUCCCUGUCCACCUUCCCCAUGCUCUACUUCUUCAACUUCCUCUACUACACAGAUGCCGGAUCUACUUUCUUCAUUCUCUUCACGUACCUCAUGACCCUGUACGGCUGUCACAAAGCCUCAGCACUCAUCAGCGUCUUCGCCAUAUUCUUCCGCCAGACCAACAUCAUCUGGGUGGCGUUCUGCGCCAGCACGGUUAUGGCCAAUAAGAUGGACGAAACUUGGAGGACGGAACAGUCGAAGAAAAAGGACGAUAAGUCGCCCUGUCAGAUACCUUUCGCCGUAAGCGGGGUGAAGAGAGUGAUGCGUUUCCUGUUGGAAUUCCUGACCACAGCCAAUCAUGUGAAGGCUGUGAUAUUAGUGGCAUGGCCGUACAUUCUUGUUGCUGUGGGUUUUAUUGGAUUCAUUGUGUUGAAUGAUGGGAUCGUAGUCGGAGACAGAUCCAGUCACGAGGCCUGUCUCAACUUCCCUCAGCUCUUCUACUUCUUCUCCUUUGCCCUCUUCUUCUCCAGCCCCACAUCGCUGUGCUACCACCGAGCUCUCCGCUUCAUCCAGAACCUCAAGAAGCAGCCACUGCUCUACUUACUGAUCACGGGACUCUGCAUUCUCCUAGUGUGGAAGUUCACCUUCGUACACAAGUACCUCCUGGCCGACAACAGACACUACCCCUUCUACGUGUGGAAGAGGAUCUUCCAGAAGCAUGAGGUGGUGCGUUUUGCCCUCAUCCCGGCAUACGUGUUUGCAGCGUGGAACUUCAUGGACUCUCUGAAGUCCCGGUCACUGUUCUGGAGCCUGGCGUUCCUGGUGUGUCUGCUGGCGGCCACAGUGCCUCAGAAGCUGCUAGAGUUCAGGUACUUUAUUGUUCCGUACCUGCUCUACCGCCUCCACAUGCCCCUGCCCUCCCUCACCAGACUGGUGCUGGAGUUCCUGUUCUAUACAGUCGUCAACGCAGCCACGCUGUACAUCUUCAUCAACAAGACUUUUCAAUGGCCAAAUAGUCCGGCUGUACAGAGGUUUAUGUGGUAGCCUGAACUGAACAGGAGGAACCCAGUUAUUAACCUAUAGGUUAUACUUUUUCUAUUUAAAAUGAGUAAGGCCAGGAGUUUUUCCUGUUGUGAUGAGAUCAUGCUCAGGAAACAUCCCUGGCCCUAUAAAUGUGAGAAAAUGCAUUUCAUGUGAAGAAAGCUUUGAAGAGCACAAGUUGUUUUAUUGUGUACAUUUGAACUGUGAAUUGUACAUUGAAUGAUGUAAUUUGGAUGGAGGAAGAGACUGAAAAAUGUAAAAGCCAUAUUGUAAAAGCAAGAAUCUGUGUUUUAUACUGUAUGGUUUAAAGAAAUGUUAUUUGUUUUGAAGAACAUUCAUGACUUAUCUUAAUUUAACUCUGUGGUAGAGUUACGUGUUAUUUGUCUUUAUUUCUAUAUUUAAUUCAAACAGAUGUUUAAAGGUUGAUAGAGACUAAAUGAUGUGGCUCUCUUUGUAAACAUACAUCCUUGACUGUAUUCAAAGAAAUUAAUCUGUUAUGCCCUAUUCUAUAUCGGGAAUAGAAUCAAUAAACCAUGUAAACAAACAUCUGUGUUUACAUUCUGCUGCAAUAUUCUGAAGAGUAAAGUUGUGAUAUACAAUGGGUUAUAAUCAUCUUUCUUUCUUUGUGCUGUAUUUUAGAUGAUCUAAAUCCUGCCUUCAAAUGCAUUCCCUUGAAUAAUGUUCCUGAACUUCUUUGUUUUUCUUGUGUGGUUUGUUGCCCUAAAAUUCCAGAACCAUUCUCUGUUCUUUAGGCCUAAGAUAUCAUCCAGUAGCUUAAAUAGUCUUUAACGUACAGUACCAGUCAAGUUUGGACACACCUACUCAUUCAAGUUUUUUAAUAUAUUUUUUUUUAUACUAUUUUCUCUAUUGAAGAAUAAAAGUGAAACCAUCAACUAUGAAAUAACACAUGGAAUCAUGUAGAAACCAAAAGUGUUAAAUCAAAAUAUAGUUUAUAUUUGAGAUUCUUCAAAGUAGCCACCCUUUGCCUUGACAGCUUUGCACACU